UCUGGUUAAUCAUCUCGACCCAACUCUCAUUUUUUGCAUCUUUCCAUCUCUCAAGACUUGGUUACUAUUGUUGAGAGUGAGCAUAAAUCAUAAUGGCUAGCAAACACUCACUAAAGUCUCUCUUUCACAGAACUUCUGAGACUAGUUCUGAGCACAACCCGUUAAGCAUGUCCGAUGAGCAGAUAUUGGAGCAAAUUUACUCAACCCAUGUCCACAGUCACACUAAGUUCGAUGUAGACUCUCUUUUCAUUCUUGUUGAGAACACCCUUAGGCGUUCAACCCUCAUUGUUGACACUGUUGUCCAGGGUUCCAAAGCAAGCCUAGAGCAGGUGGAAGACAAGAUCCCCCAAGCCAACUUCAAUUCACCACUCUGUACCCUCAGGCAAAUCUCUUCUGAGAUGUCAUGCAAGCCUGCAGGAGAGGAAAUUGCUCACAAAACCACAAUGACCAUACUUGUGAAGCUUUCAAACUAUGAAUGGGAUGCAAAAGCAGUGUUGACACUUGCGGCUUUUGCAAUGGAAUAUGGUGAGUUCUGGCUUCUGGCUCAGCAUCAACCAACAGACCCUAUUGCAAAAUCUGUGGCUUUUUUGAAGCGAGUGCCAGUGCUCACACGGCCUGCAGCAGUGCAAAAGCAUCGCCAAGCUAUCAUUGAGCUCAACAAUUUGGUCAAAACAACGUUGCAAGUGAUUGAGUUAAUCUUUGAGUUGGAGAAGCUUACAUCGUUCGACACAAAGGAUGUUCCUGCUUUGUUGCCCGCAAUUGAACAAAUUCCUGUUGAUGUCUAUUGGGCUAUCAUCACCAUUGUGGCCAUUGUAACUCAGAUUGAUUACCUCACCACUGAAACAGGGAACAAGCAAGAUCUGUCCCACUAUGGUCAAAAGAUCAACAUCAUUCUCAGCAAACUGAGGAAACAAAUCACGCUAUGCAGACAACAGAUCGAGGAGGCUGAGUAUCAUCACAGGCUCAGGAAAUUCUUUCAAACGCCUACUGAAAUAAUGGAGGUGUUUAAGUUUCUGGUUUUCUCCAAGGAUGCCCCGCAGCUACUGUAUGAUGGUGCCACUAAAACCCCGGUCGAAAUUAGUGUGCUGAGGAAGAAGAACGUUUACUUGUUUAUUUCCACUCUAGAUAUUACAGAAGAAGAGAUUGCAGUACUCCGACCAGUUUAUGAAUAUAUUAAAACUAAUGAUCAAUACAAGAUUGUGUGGAUUCCCAUUGUAGAAGAAUGGACUGAAAAGUUGAAUAAGAGAUUUGAGGCUUUGAAAAGCAAGAUGCCAUGGUACGCGGUACAACACUAUGGAACAAUAGCAGGGUAUAGGUACAUUAAGGAGGAAUGGCACUUCAAAAAGAAGCCUAUGGUUGUGGUGUUGAAUCCUCAAGGGAAAGUACAACAUGCAAAUGCAUUCCAUCUCAUUCAUGUUUAUGGAAUGAAGGCCUUCCCCUUCACUAUUUCGGAUCAAGAAAGAAUUGAUAGAGAAAUUCACUGGAUUGGUUCCGUUGUAGGGGAUACUCACCCCAACAUAAGCACCUGGAUGCAGAUCAGAGAGCAAAAGUAUAUUCUCAUCUACGGAGGGAACGACAAAGAGUGGGUCCAGCAGUUCACCAAGUAUGCAACAGCCUUUGUUAAUGAUGUCGCUUUAAAGGAGGCAAAUAUUCACAUUGAGUUGUUUUGUGUGGAAAAAGAAGAUAAAAGCUUCCUAAGGAGAUUUUGGAGUGGCAUUGAGAGUUUGUUUGUGACAAAGGCUCACAACACAGUUGAUGCUGUGACUCAAGAAGUGCAAAAGAUGCUUUCUUACAAGAAUGAAUCUGGGUGGGUUGUCCUUUGCAAAGGGUCAUCUGUGGUGGAGUGUGGUCAUGGAACUACAAUCUUGAAGACAGUGGCUGAGUUUGAGAAAUGGAAAGAGGUUGUGUUGAAAAAGGGCUUUGAGUCCUCCUUCAAAGAGCACCAUGAAAGGAUUGUGCGCACCACUCACCGCUGCACACACCUUGAAAUUGCUAACAUUGCAGGAAAGUUACCAGAGACCAUCAAAUGCCCAGAGUGUGGCAGGACAAUGGAGAUUUUCAUCAGUUAUAAAUGUUGCCACACUGAUAAUACUGCUGUCACACCCUAGACUUUACUGUGGCUACCUUGUUUUCAUCUUAUGAAUCAGAAAGUGUGGGAUUAAGCUUAAUUUUUCAGUUAUGCAUAACUUCAGGGACUAAGCUUCUUUGGUAAAAUAAAGAUUACUUUGAACAAAAAGUAGAGGAUUUUUGUGUGACCUAAUAAUUAAGGUGUGCUUUUUAUGUUAUUUGCUGUUGUUGAUUUUGAAUAGAUAAAGUGAUUGCUUUGUAUUGCACUAUUUACAACCAACAUUUCAUUUUAUAGAGCACAACAUAAAUAUCAGAUGGAUUUCGGUCA